CAAUAUAUCAUAUUAAUAAGUGCUUCACGUUAAUUCUUCUCCAAAUUAAUCAAUCUAAUUAGUAGUGAGAGUGAAAAUGUACAAGAUGAAGCUGAAGGAGCUGUGUGACCGGAGACGGUGGAGUUUGCCGGAGUACUAUGCCAUGAAUAUUGAUGGUCCACCGCACAAUCCGAGAUUUAAGGGGUAUGUUUUUGUCAAUGGUGUCACAUUUACUUCUUCUGAUACCUUCAAUUCCUCCAAAGAAGCCAAUAACCAAGCUGCUAUGAAAGCUUUCCUCAAAUUUUCUUCUACUCCAUCAGGCUCUUCAAUACCAAAAUAUGAAUAUGGUUUUAAAGAGGAAGUUGAAGCUGUCAAACCCAAACCUAAGCAAAGUCCAAUUCCACCACAAUCUCAAGUUAUUAUGAAUGAUACGUAUCGUUCGAGUGAGCUUCAGCUGCAAAACUAUGCUCGAAAGAACGAUCAUGAUCCACGUGUUUUUACAGUUAAAAUGAAGGGGCUACCUCAUGACACUGACUAUAAGGCUAAUAUUGUUAUCGAUGGCAAAUCAUAUGAAAACCCGGCAUUAUUCAACACUAUAAAAGAGGCAGAGCAGGCUGCUGCAAAAAAUGCCGACAUGUUUCAGCCGGAAGAAUCUAGUUCAUUCAAGAGUUUACUUCAUGAAUUAACACAGAGAGAAGAUUUUUCCAACCCAACAUAUAAAACUACAAAGAUUGGUCCUCCUCAUAUGCCAACUUUUUUCUCAACUGUGGAAGUACAGGGCUUGGAAUUUCAUGGAAAGGCGUCUACAUCCAAAAAACUGGCAGAACAAGAUGCUGCAAAGAUUGCUUACACUGCCUUAAAAGAGUGUGGAAUUCAUAUGUAUGCUGCUUUUUCUUCCUCUAUGAAAGAAAAUGAAGCAGUACAAUCAACUCAUGAAUCAGACUUUGUUAAAUCCAAGCAGAAACUCAACUUUGAAAAUGAAGAUGAACCUUUGGAUGAGGAGAUAUUAAACUUUGUUAAUUCCAAGCAGAAACUCAACUUUGAAGAUGAAGAUGAACCUUUGGACGAGGAGAUAUUAUUUGCUAAUAUCAAAGUUAACAAUGGCAAGCACAAUGAAUCUUUUCUACUUCCCCCUAAUAAAAAGAUGAAGAUGAGCAACAUGGGCUCUUCAUCUUCUUCACCCAAAUUAUAUCAAUUUUCAGAUACUGAUGAUACAAUUCCGGAUCAAGCCUCUGGAUCGACUAUCAUUGAGUCGCGACCAAUUGCACUUACUAUGGCCAAACGUACCAAAAAGCCACCUAGUUGGCUUGAGGAUUAUUAUCAGGAAUAAGGUUCUAAAAGAUUACAUAUUAAUCCUUCAGUUA